CUGGGACGCGUAAACCUCUUCCUCCUCCUGGAUGCAGCCGGACAUCAGGAUGUGAUGCCUGUGACUCUCCGGCUCAAGGUGGAUAUUUCAAGAAACGACUGGGAGCAACAUGUUCUGGACCUUCUUGCAAGCCGAGACAUUUCUUGGCGUGUGCAGUGCAUGCACGAGACUGAUGGCUGUAAGAUUUCUUCCAUCUGCAGGAGUUCCGAAGCAUUGAUUGCAUUCCUCCGAGACAAUGGAGGAAGCAAAUCGAUCGUUUUACAGCAAUACCUUGAACCUCUCCCGCAGUUUGCGGCGUUAAAAAACAGACUUUCAAUCAAAGUAGCAGUGCUUGCAGUGGGAAAUCUACAAGUUUACAUCCAGCAAGACGCCAUGGUCUACCUCGCAGGAGGAGAGGAAGAUGAGAGGGAAGAAGAAGCCAUGUUCUCGCUCAAGUCUCUGAAAGAUUCUGGAGGGGAUAUCACCUAUCGAUGGCUGGGCCCGUGGGUUGAGACCUUACAAGGGAAACUUUCCAUCUCUGUUGAGAAAGUCUUCGACGCCUUGAGAAACAAGAAGACUCAGUUCCUGGCGAUGCCAAACUGCUUCGAGUUGUUCGCCUUCACGUUCGCACUGACAUCAGACGAAGCCAACGGUCCUCAACCAUGGCUGCUCAAAGUUGAAAGCUCCAUGGAAGCUGAGAAUGCUCUUCGAGGUCAGGAGAAGCUUGUCGGCAGCGCCGUCCAACUGUCCUUGCACGCCCUCGGACUCCUUCCCAGGAGUUCUGAACCUCCGACGUUCUCGCUUGUCAAGAAAUUCGCAUGAACAACUUCAGCU